CACACACACACACACCGUUUCAUCACAAGCAGGAUUUCUCUUGUCAUCUCUAAUGGUGUUUCCUUCAAGCGCGGAAUGAUUUUAGGAGCUUUGCGGGUUUUUUCGUGGACGCGGUGCGUCUCGGUGUCGGAUAAACCAUGAGAAUCUGUGCUGAAGUGGUUCUGGGUUCACCUGAGGAAAACUGUGCUUUAGAUCGAGAGAAAACACGACGGGUGUUCGGGAAUGACUCGCCCUUCUGGGAAACUCCUCUCAACUUUACUCGCGUGUUUAAUAGGAAUGCUCAACUUCAGGAUAACGGCAGGUCAAGAGAACGAGAGACUGUUCGCUCGGGAAUCUUCAUCUUCAAUGUCGCCCUCAGAUUUCCUGGACAAACUGAUGGGCCGAACAUCAGGAUAUGAUGCGCGGAUUCGACCCAACUUCAAAGGUCCACCUGUGAACGUCACGUGCAACAUCUUCAUCAACAGCUUCGGCUCGGUGACUGAGACCACUAUGGACUACAGGGUGAACAUCUUCCUCCGGCAGAAGUGGAACGACCCGCGGCUGGCGUACAGCGAGUACCCGGACUCGUCUCUAGACCUCGACCCGUCCAUGCUGGACUCCAUCUGGAAACCAGACCUGUUCUUCGCCAACGAGAAAGGAGCCAAUUUCCACGACGUCACGACGGACAACAAGCUCCUGAGGAUCUUCAAGGACGGGACCGUUCUGUACAGCAUCAGGUUGACGUUAAUCCUGUCCUGUCCGAUGGAUCUGAAGAACUUCCCGAUGGACGUCCAGACCUGUACGAUGCAGCUGGAGAGCUGUGAGUUCCUCAGGAGUUUCUUCAUCUCCAUCUCUCUCUUCUUCAUCUCUCUGAAUCUGUGUGUCUGUUCUCCAGUCGGAUACACCAUGAACGACCUGAUCUUCGAGUGGCUGGAUAAUGGCCCGGUUCAGGUGGCUGAUGGUCUGACUUUACCACAGUUCCUCAUCCGAGACGAGAAGGACCUGGGCUACUGCACCAAACACUACAACACAGGGAAGUUCACGUGCAUCGAGGUGAAGUUCCACCUGGAGAGGCAGAUGGGAUAUUACCUGAUCCAGAUGUACAUCCCCAGCCUCCUCAUCGUCAUCCUCUCCUGGGUCUCCUUCUGGAUCAACAUGGACGCGGCUCCGGCCCGGGUCGCACUCGGCAUCACCACGGUCCUCACCAUGACGACCCAGAGCUCGGGGUCACGGGCCUCGCUGCCAAAGGUCAGCCCGCUCACUCACUUCUCAACCAGAAAUAUGAGGGUCUGUAACAUCAUACACUCAUUUGUUACACAAGUCUUUAUUUCUCUAUUGGUCCGAAUAUCCGGGUGAAACGCUUCAGCAACAAGAACACAUGUGGGCGGGGCUUGACUGUGUCUGAGGGGAAUUGAUUGGAUGGUUGUGGUUUGCUAUUGGCUGAGCUCAUGUGAGUGACAGGUUAAAGCCCCGCCCACAUCAUCAGAGAAGAGA